AUGGAUCAAAGAAGUGUACCUAUUGGCCCUAUUGGCUCUGUUGGCUCUGUUGGCUCUAUUGGCUCUAUUGGCUCUAUUGGACCUAUCUCCCCCGCAUUCGUAUACAAUGGGACAAUUGCAUACGCUUCAACAACAUCCCCGACAGUUACAGACACCACUUUCAAUGCAUCUCCAGUAACAAGUCCAAUACAAAGGGAAGAUGGUCUGACAACAGAACCUCCCAAGAAGAGACAAAAGCGUAAUAAGCCUACCUUAUCAUGUGUUGAAUGUGUAGAACGUAAAACAAAGUGCGAUAGGGGUCGGCCAAAUUGUCUUGCAUGUCAGUAUAAGGAGACAAACAGGACGACUGCAAAUGCCCGACGUAUGACCAAACCACCAAAGAAGUUGGGUCCUGGAGCAGGAAACCUUGUCGAACGACCAAGACAAGCACCAGAUCCAAGCGAGCGGAGUGCAUCUAGGGGCUCCGUUUCUUCAUCUACCGGUCUGCUUUCUAAUGUACCAUAUUCGCACCCAAAAGCCUCGAAUGUUUUUGUGAUUUCGGUGUUACCAGCCAAGGACCAAGCAGAUAUCCUAAUGGAACGGUAUUUCGAAUGUGUCGAUCCAGUUUAUCCUAUGCUUCACAGACAAACCUUUUAUGCCGAUUAUGAGCAUUUCUGGUCAUUAGCAGGACCCGAAAGAGACAGAACAGAUGCUGCUCUAGUUGCUAUGAUAUUCUCCAUGAUAGCUUUGGGGACCCAAUUUGUUAAUAAUUCUCCACCAAAAGAACGACAACAAACUGCCGAGUUUUAUGUAUCUGCCGCUCACCAAUCGCUUCGUCUCGGGUCAUAUCUUAAUAAAGCCUCGAUGCGCUCAAUCCAAGCCAUGGUUCUUAUCACAUACUUCCUCAUCAACGACAAUCAUGCUUCUGAUGGAUGGGCAUUCGCCGGUAUACUCAUUCGGCAAUCUUAUGCCAUGGGUCUCCAUCGCGAUCCUAACAUUGUCACUCCAAAUGCAUCUAUCUUUGACAAACAACAACGCCGAAAACUUUGGCAAGCAGUCCUACUCCAAGAUACCUUCCUCACUGUUCUGCUUUCUCUCCCACCAAGCGCAACACAUACAGAUGUCAACGUAGAAGACCUCAUCGAUGAUUCCGGCUCCAUCGCGAACUGCGAUCCAAACGAUACAGCUUAUAUCCGUGGAUGUUGGACUCUGGCCAACCUCGUCCAAGAAAGCAUUUGCUCUCCCCGCUCGUUAGACCUUCCCAUCUGUCCCACCGCCCGCCAAAAACACAAACUCAUUUCUGAUUUCAAAGCCGUUUAUCGUUCUUUCCCAGACGUCUUUCGCUCCUGGGACCGCGAUUCCAUUGCUGUAGUAGCAGAAACUAAUAAGCGUCUGGUGCGACAAACACUCUUCUUGACGAGUAAUUACUUCCAUAAUGUGAUGUUGCUCCAUUCAAGCGAAAGUCCCGAGGUCCAACCAGAUGUUCGAGGAACGUUGAACGCGGCUCACGAAGCCAUCAACGCCUUCUUCCUUCUGUAUGAACUCUUCGAGAGCGAAAGUAAAGUUUGGUGGGUUUUCAAUCAUCGUGCAUUUUUGGAAUGUAUGAUGAUUGGAAACACGUUGCAGGAAGUGGGCAAAGAUGAAGAUGGAGCGGAGAAAUUGGGGAAAGAUCCAUUGUUUGUUAGGGCUAAGGGGGAUAUUGUCCGCAUGAUCGAUAUUAUGACCAAAAUCGGCGACGGAGAUAAUGGUUCACAAGUCGCGAGGACGAGAGUUCAGGUUCUGAGUGAUUAUGUGUGA